AUGGAACAAGACCCAUCUCUUCCUAAGAAGAAGCAAAAAACAGAAAAUCGCGACACAAAAGAAAAUUCUAUUUUAAGAGAAUUCUACUGAAACCAACUCAGCAUAAGUGAAGCUGAUUUCCAGGACUUUUGAACAAUCAUAAAAACGCCAUUACCUGUCACAUUUCGCAUAAACCCAACCCAAAAAAACUACCAAGCGCUUAUAGACAAGCUAAACUCUCCAGAUUUCAAUACAGAAGUUUUCCAAGUCAGACAAAUUCCUUGAUAUCCAGGCCUUCUCGCCUACGAAGCAAAUAGCAAUCGAACUGAGCUGAGAAAGGUGGAAUCCGUCAAAUCUUUCCAUUCAUAUUUGCUUAAAGCCAAUGACAGUGGCCUUAUCACAAGACAAGAGCUAGUUUCCAUGAUCCCUCCUCUAGUACUUAAUCUCCAACAAGGCCAAACUGUUCUCGACAUAUGUGCAGCCCCAGGGUCCAAAACAGCCCAAAUCAUUGAGCUUAUAAAUGGGAAAGGGCUUGUGGUGGCUAAUGAAAUUGAUAAAGACAGAGCAUACAUGCUUAUUCAUCAGCUUCAUAGAAGCAAUACCAGCUGUAUGGUGGUCGUCAACCAUCCUGCACAAAAUCUGCCAAAUAUUCAAAAUGCUGGCUUAGCUUUUCAAUUUGACCGCGUGCUUUGUGACGUGCCUUGUACAGGGGAUGGGGCUAUUAGAAAAAUGCCACAGAGGUGGAAAAAUUGGAACAUAAAAGACGGACACUCAAUGUUUGGCUUGCAAAGCGAAAUAUUGACUAGAGCUCUUCAGCUAUGCAAAGUGGGAGGGUUUGUUUGCUAUUCAACGUGCUCACUUAAUCCUAUUGAAAAUGAAGCAGUUGUUGCUGGAAUUUUUAGAAAAUUUGGGGAUAGUCUGAAAAUUAUGAAUUUGCAUGAAAAAAUGGCUGAAAUUUGUCCUGGGUUUAUUAUAAGGAAAGGCUUGAGGAGCUGGAAAAUGCUGGGAGGGCACAGAAAAAGAGAGCAAAAAAUAUUUGAAGAGUACAAAAGUUACCAAGAAAUCCCUGAAACCACAAAAUAUAUAACUGAAGAAAUGUUCCCUAUUAACGUGCCUGCUGAUAUUGAAAACACAAUAAGAAUUAUGCCAAAUGACCAAAACACAGGAGGAUUCUAUAUUGCUUUGCUCUACAAAUCUGCUGAAAUUCCCACUGAAGUUUGUGAAGCUGACACAAUGAAAAUUGACAAUGAAGAAACCAAAGCACCAAAAAAACACAAAAAUGACAAUAGGGAAGCAGUAGUUUUCAAAGAACUCCCAGAAAGUAGUGAAGCUUACCUACUAAUAAAAGACUGCUAUGGCUUUGAAAAUUCCCAAGAAGGCUCUUUAUUCUACACAAAUGAAAGCUGCAAAAAUAUUUUUUAUGCUUCUUCAUAUGUUAAAAGCCUUUUAGAAAAUGACCCAGAAAGAAAACUUUCCAUUUUUAACAUCGGUGUUCAAGCAUUCACAAAAAACAGAGAAAAAGAGUCUUCGUCCAGUUGCAUUUACAGGCCUAUGCAAGAUGCUCUGCCUUUUAUUUCUAAAAACAUAAAUAAGCGAAAAGUUUCCUGUAGAGACACCCAAGCCUUAAAACAGUUGAUAAAUAACGGAAGUGUUCUUAUUGAGAAUAUCAAUGAUAAAGAAUGCAGCAGCUUCUUCACAGAUCUAGGCUACUACGUCAUUAAUUUCUCAGAAAUCUCUGAAGACGUAGUCAUUUUAAAGCUUUCAAGCACCAAACUGACGUCAAUGAUCCCUAAAGAGCAUAUAGAAAGCUUAAAAAUCAGAUACACAAUUUUAGAAUAA